AUGAUCAAGUAUGAUAGUUUUUUUGUCAAAUCUCUUGGCUGGUGCGAAAAUGAAAGAUAUCUUUGUAUCGCAAUGGAAUAUAUGGAACAUGGAGAUCUCCGAAGAAACCUCCAGUCGAGGAGCCCGCUAUCUGAGCAAGAAAUACAGCAGAUUACUAUUCAGAUUCUGAUGGGUCUUCAGCAUCUCCAUGAUAAUGGGUAUAUCCAUCGAGAUCUCAAGCCUGAGAACGUGCUCGUUAUGUCGAAAGGUCCUAAUUGGUGGGUUAAAAUAAGCGACUUCGGUAUCAGCAAAAGAUUUGAUGAAAAUAACACCGAUACGAGGAUUGGGACUCCAGGAUAUAUGGCUCCUGAAAGACUCAAACUUUACCCCCCUGGAACGGAACAUCUUCGCCCUACAUAUAGUAUGGAUAUCUGGUCUCUAGGGAUUAUGGUUUUCCAUAUGCUUUUUAACUGUUAUCCAUUUCCUGGUAACAGCUUGAUGUCAUACCUCCAGACCUCUAUAUUUCCUUCAAUCGCACUAUCUCCUUCCGUCAACCCAGAUGCUUUAAGCUUCUGCAAAAGUCUACUAGCGGCUGAUGCUCUAACGCGACCAUCUGCAAAAGGCGCCCUUGAAAACACAUGGCUGAAACAAGACCAACUUGAUCAUACACUUGGAAUAAACGAGAUGAAUGUAACAGCAUCCACAAUGACAACUCUGGACUACAAACCAUGGGAUCCAGAAACAGAGCAUUCAAGCUUACACUUUCGAGUCACACCAAGGAAUGAGUCACAAAGAUUUGGCAGAAAACCCACGCCUUCAACCCAACAGUUGCUUCUCCUAAAGGAAACACAUCAACCGAUUUCUACUGCCGAAAAUGAUCUUCUCCGUCAUUUUAAAGUGCUAUAUGAUAAUGGAGUAUCUUGCAUCAACAAAAAGAGAUACAAAGAAGCUGAAAUAGCGUUUCAGACAGCCUUCGAGAGACAAAAGAAGACUCUUGGUGCGAAUCAUGAAGAUACACUCUAUUCUCUUCACUGGCUAGGUUAUACUAUCUAUAAGCAAAAGAAGUAUUCUGCAGCCGAACCAGAGCUUCGACAGGCUUACGAGGGACAGAAGAAGUCUCUUGGUGCGAAUCAUGAAGAUACACUCUGUUCUCUUCACUGGCUCGGUCGUGCUCUCUUUGACCAAAAGAAGUAUUCUGCAGCCGAAGAAAAGUUUCGACAGGCCUACAAGGGACGGAAGGAGACUCUUGGUGCGAAUCAUGAAGAUACACUCUGUUCUCUUCACUGGCUAGGUCGUGCUCUCUACGGGCAAAAGAAGUAUUCUGCAGCCGAACCAGAGUUUCGACAGGCCUACGUGGGACAGAAGAAGACUCUUGGUGCGAAUCAUGAAGAUACACUCUGUUCUCUUCACUGGCUCGGUCGUGCUCUCUUUGACCAAAAGAAGUAUUCUGCAGCCGAACCAGAGUUUCGACAGGCCUAUAAGGGACGGAAGGAGACUCUUGGUGCGAAUCAUGAAGACACACUCCGUUCUCUUCACUGGCUAGGUCAUGCUCUCUCUAAGCAAAAGAAAUAUUCUAUAGCCGAAGAAGAGUUUCGACAGGCCUACAAGGGACGGAAGGAGACUCUUGGUGCGAAUCAUGAAGAUACACUCUAUUCUCUUCACUGGCUAGGUCGUGCUCUCUAUGAGCAAAAGAAAUAUUCUAUAGCCGAAGAAGAGUUUCGAAAGGCCUACAAGGGACGGAAGGAGACUCUUGGUGCGAAUCAUAAAAACACACUCUAUUCUCUUCACUGGCUAGGUCAUGCUCUCUAUAAGCAAAAGAAAUAUUCUGUAGCCGAAGAAGAGUUUCGAAAGGCCUACAAGGGACGGAAGGAGACUAUUGGUGCGAAUCAUGAAGAAACACUCUGUUCUCUUCACUGGCUAGGUUGUGCUCUCUAUGACCAAAAUAAGUCUUCUGCAGCCGAAGAAGAAUUUCGACAGGCCUACAAGAGAUAG